AUAGAUGAAUAUAUGUCCAACUUAAAAAAAUCCCCUUUAAAACUUCAACAUGCAUUGAAAAAGCAUUUACCGUCGUGUUUUGUCAGCAAAACAGCAAUACUGAUAAGGUGUAAUGGUUUUCCUUUUGCGUGACAUAAACAGUGGGCAACUGGUUUCCUUCAUGGGAAACUACCACAGCAUUUGCGGCUGUGGACCGGGGCACAGCUGUCAUGUUGCAUGGGUAAAGGGGCGCGGUGGUGGCUGAAGAAGCGUUCAUUGUUAGAGUUUUGAGCGCGUAGUUUGUCCAUGCGAGAGGAUACAUUCUCCAUUUGUCCCUACGCGUAUAUUUUACAGAGAAAUGUCCAGGUCAACACUAUGUCUUUAAAAUGCCCCCACAGACCAGAGAGUGAAAGGGGUGGGCAGAGGAUCGCAUGCCAUAGAUGAGGAUCCAAUCGCGCAACUUUCCUUCCUGACAGCCGCAGUUUCUUGCUCUCCUUCGACUGGUUCAUAAGUAAAUCACAACUGGAAAGCAACAGGAGGACGUUGGCACUGAGAUACUGUAGCAGCAAUGUCACAGCUAUAUUAUCGGAAAACGGACAACUCCUCAUACAGGGACCGCAUCCCUCUGCGGAUUGUGCGGGCUGAAUCUGAGCUCUCUGCCCUGGAGAGGGCCUACCUGGGGGCUGUCGAGAAGGGGGACUAUGCCAGUGUGAAACAAGCCCUGGAGGAGGCUGAGAUCUAUUUCAGAAUCAACAUCAACUGCAUUGACCCCCUGGGACGCACCGCCCUACUCAUUGCCAUUGAAAAUGAGAACCUGGAGAUCAUUGAGCUGCUGCUCAGUUUUAAUGUGUACGUGGGUGAUGCCCUGCUUCAUGCCAUCCGUAAAGAAGUGGUGGGGGCUGUGGAGCUGCUGCUCAACCACAAGAAGCCACGUGGGGAAAAACAGGUUCCACCAAUUCUGUUAGACAAACAGUUUUCAGACUUCACCCCAGACAUCACUCCGAUCAUCCUCGCAGCCCAUACCAACAACUAUGAGAUCAUCAAACUGCUUGUGCAGCGAGGUGUUUCCAUACCUCAACCACAUGCUGUGCGUUGCAACUGCAUGGAGUGCGUGUCCAGUUCAGACGUGGAUGGCCUGCGUCACUCUCGCUCUCGUCUCAACAUCUACAAGGCCCUUUCCAGCCCGUCUCUCAUCGCCCUCUCCAGCGAGGAUCCUUUCCUCACGGCUUUUCAGCUCAGCUGGGAGCUGAAGGAACUCAGUACAGUGGAGAACGAGUUCAAGUCAGAGUACGAGGAGCUGUCUCAUAUGUGUAAGCAAUUUGCAAAAGACCUCCUGGACCAGACCAGAAGCUCUAGAGAGUUGGAAAUAAUCCUCAACUACCGUGACGACAUCAAUCCUCUGCUGGAUGAGAACUCAAAUGACCUGGCACGACUGAAGCUUGCUAUCAAAUAUUGCCAGAAAGAGUUUGUUGCUCAGCCCAACUGUCAGCAGCUGCUGGCGUCUCGGUGGUAUGAUGAGUUCCCAGGCUGGAGGAGGCGUCACUGGGCAGCAAAGCUCGUCACAUGUUUCUUGAUUGGCCUCCUCUUUCCACUGUUAUCCAUCUUCUACCUGAUCUCUCCAAAGAGCCGCUAUGGGUUAUUCAUCCGUAAGCCUUUCAUCAAGUUCAUUUGUCACACUGCUUCCUACCUGACCUUCCUCUUCCUGCUCUUCUUGGCCUCACAGCACAUAGCUGCCGCAGAGCGGGACUUUCAGGGCCCGCCACCCACCACAGUGGAAUGGAUUAUCCUACCUUGGGUGCUUGGUUUUAUAUGGACUGAGAUCAAACAGAUGUGGGAUAGUGGUUUCCAGGAGUACAUAGAUGACUGGUGGAACUUAAUGGACUUCAUAAUGAACUCCUUGUAUCUUGCAACCAUUGCUCUGAAGUUUGUUGCCCAUGUUAAGUACAGUGGGUGCAAACCCAGAGACAGCUGGGAUAUGUGGCACCCGACUUUGGUGGCAGAGGCAUUGUUUGCUAUUGCCAACAUCUUUAGCUCCUUACGCCUCAUCUGCCUGUUCACUGCCAACUCUCAUCUUGGGCCCUUACAGAUUUCACUGGGUCGCAUGCUCCUGGACAUCCUCAAGUUCCUCUUCAUCUACUGUCUUGUGCUUUUAGCCUUUGCCAAUGGCCUCAACCAGCUGUACUUUUAUUAUGUAACACGCGAGAAAGAUUGCCAGGGUAUUCGGUGUAAUGUGCAAAACAACGCCUUCACAACGCUGUUCGAGACACUACAGUCAUUAUUUUGGUCUGUAUUUGGCCUGAUUUCCCUCUAUGUUACCAAUGUGAAACCAGACCAUCAAUUCACUGAAUUUGUGGGCACAACAAUGUUUGGCACAUACAAUGUGAUCUCCUUGGUAGUGCUUCUGAACAUGCUAAUUGCAAUGAUGAACAACUCCUACCAGCACAUAGCUGAUCAUGCAGAUAUAGAGUGGAAAUUUGCAAGAACAAAAUUAUGGAUGAGCUAUUUUGAAGAAGGGGGGACUUUGCCAUCUCCAUUUAAUAUAAUACCCAGUCCAAAAUCAGUGUAUUAUCUAAUUGGAUGGAUAAAGACUUAUUUGUUUAGGAGACCUAGCAUAAAAAGGCUUGAUACCUUUGAAACAUUGGGGAGACGUGCAGCUGAAAAUGUAAGAUUAAACCAUGAGUAUCAGGAGGUUUUGAGGAACCUUGUGAAGCGCUAUGUGGCCGCAAUGAUCAGAGAUGCCAAGACAGCAGAAGGGUUGACAGAGGAGAAUUUCAAGGAGCUGAAGCAGGAUAUCUCGAGCUUCCGCUAUGAAGUCCUGGGAAUGAUGAAGGGUAAAUCUCAUGGUAGGGCAAGUAAAGUUGCAGGCUCCACCUUGGCAUACCCUGGAAACCCAUUCAAAUACUCUCCCAAACUCCUUACUGAUGAGCCUGAACAGAAGCUCGACGUGUUUGAUGUGAUCACUACCACCUUACAUAGUGGAGCUGCCAACACCACCCGCUCUGUUUGCUCUGAUAGGCUAGCCAAUGGUUCAGUUGUUCCAUCCAGUACAGGACAGAUUCAAAACGAGCUACCCAGGGAUGUCUCAGAUGCUGGUUCCCUCCAGAGACAGAGCAGACUCCCCUCUCAGAGAUGUGAUGAAAUAUUUUCAUUGUCAGAGGAAGACUCAUUGGGAUCCAGUGGACAAAACCAAGAACAACUUCAGACUGAGAAAUUAAUUGUGGACGUCUUACAAAAAGUAGAGAAUAGUUUAAUGGAGAAUGAACAUUCUUGCAAAGAGCACAUUAAAGAAGUGAAAAAUGGGCCAAAAAAAUACAAAAAUUAAUCUUUGUCCACAAUUGAGGGACACCAACCAUGUCAGAGCAACAUUUUUGGGUUUUAUUUUUAAACUUCCUCUACCAGUUUUCAAAUAUGUUUUUGAAAUAAACUAGUUCUCUCAAGAUAAACAGUACUGUAUACUGUAUUGUAUACUCAGUUUAAAUCUUGCAUCCUUAUACAAUGUUACAAUAAUGUUAUGUCAUUUCACAUUAUGUUAUAAAUACAAAAUACACAUUAAUGAGUGAGGACUGACUAAGUGAGUGCUGACUUGAUGCUCAGGGAAUAGUGACAUAGGUCAGUAAUUCAUGUUUCACCUUGAGCAAUUACUUCCAAAGAGCCAAAACACCCUGUUGCCUAACCUCUACUUUACCACGUUGAAAUGUUCUCUUAAUGUGAUAUGCAAAAAUACUGUAUCUUUAAUCUCUGUCUAUAGAAAAACUAUUACUCCUCAUAUGCUGACAGUAUCCAGUUCUUUCUGCUAAAAUUAUACAGGAAGAAAUAAUCAAGAAAAUUAAUACAGAGUAAAAACAAGUUUAUUUGUAUUUAAUGCAUGACCUGAUUUAAUAUGUCAUUUGGAUACAUUAUCCAGUUGAUUAACAAGCAAUGUAGCACCUUGCCAAUUCAAAGAUUAAGAACAGUUUCAGUUGUAGAUCUUUUACUCCACAGUUACCUCCCUUUUUUAGAGUGACUGGGAAACUAUCACUCCUAAUUUUGUUGUUGGAGCAGAAGAGACACCCAGUGUAUGAGAUUUGUCACAGGAUUUGUUCCUCAAACUCCUCAAGUGUUAUCUUAAAAGCAUAGGAGCCCACUGGCAAUGUGCUGCUAUUGUGACAUGUUUGACUAUGAUCAAAUAAAAGUGAAUGCUAAUUUAAAAAGUGUUUAUAACUUUUGUGGGUCUCAUGGCUCUCCCUUUAGUUUGCUGUACUCUUCUCAUUUAUUUAUGUAUCUACAUAUUUUCAUUUCUCUCAUUUCAUAAUGAAGCAUGAUGACACUAGAAACUACCAUCAAGGCAGAGAGUUGGUGGGACAAAGUACAUGGGGAGACUUUUGCAGGCAUUCGCCUUUCUUUUUGCUGCUGAAAUUUUCUCUCUCAUCGUGUUUACUGGGGAAAAGAUUUUGGUAAAUAGUUUAUUACCCUCUCUCUCGAUGUUGAUACUGUGAUCCUGUGUGCAUUAGAUGUACAGUUUACAUUGACAUCCUCCCCCUGAGCGAUCUGACUGAAGAGAAGCAUAACUUUGCUCUCUUACACUCCCUUAUUCUGCAGUUCACUUUUCUGCAGUUUAGUCAUAUCCUGUCUGUCCAGGCAGGUGUAAAGUGGCUCUGCCUUUGGUAUUAACUGUAAAUUGAUUGUUUCAUCUUCCAAUAAACAGCAGUUUUUCAUACAGCUUUCCACAGCAAUCUUUUUCAGAAUUGGACAUAAUUACUUGCAAUUUCGAUGCAGUGAAAGAAUCUAAAUACAAUUAGUUCCUAAGCUAAACUGCCUGAAGUAUACCAAUUAAUUGAUUAGUUACCCUUUGACCAGUUACAACAUUAAAAUGCUAUUUAUCUGUUUAAACAUCACAAAUAAUGAUCCAAUAUUAGAACACCCUACAUUUUUGUACAUUUUGCUGCUAUGGUUUGCCACUGUUACAAUUUAAUACUUACCACUGGCAUUUCCAGCUCUGUCUAAUGACUUGGUGAUUCUAUAGUUAUAGGGAAAAUGAGCUUGUGUUGUAGGUUUUCCUACUUAUCGGGCAUCAAGCACCCUCUAGUGAUGUGCAAGCAUAUAAAAGACUAGUGUAGAGUUGUGAACUAAAUAACAACACGCAAAGAAUGGCAUCACUAUACAGACUGUGCACCCAACUGUGCUUCUUAUACUUUCAAAGACUGGGUUUGACUUAAUUUAUUUGAGGUACAGUAUUACUGUAUUAUUACUGUUGGCUUUUAUUGUUUUGUUUUAUUGUUUUAUCUAACUGACUUUUAUUGUUUUUAUUUGUUUUGUUUUAUGUUUGUGUAAAGCACUUUGGUUAACUCUGUUGUUUUUAAAGUGCUUUAUAAAUAAAGCUGAGUUGAGUUGAGUACUACUGCUAUAAACACAUCAUUAACAAUAGUAGCAAUUUGUUAAUCAGAUUUAUUAUGUAAUUGAAGUUAAAUUACUUAUAUGCACAGAUACUCAACUUCACACCUUCAUAGCUUGAUGCUGCACACAACCUGGGGUCCCGGACAAAGUCUUCAGGUUCCUCUUACCCUAGCAGCCAAGAACAAAUCACACAGUCCUUAGAAAGCAAAUCAAUAGACUCAAUAGCUCACUCAAUCAUGAUUGCUGAUGCAUUUUUACCUUCAUUUCAACUUAAAAGGAGCUUACUUGCAAGAUACAAAGAGAGGAAACUUGUUUGUGACACAUGAAGUGUUUGUGACUGUGUGUGAAAGUGACUGAUUCAAACAAAGACUGUUCUGAUUCAAAGUGUAAAUAUCACACUGCAUUUAUUUAUCACUGUAGUGAGUUCAUCCAUGCCAUUAUUUCUCCAUGCAAGCAAGUACAGAGUCUUUACUCU